AGCCUGCAACCGUAGACUCAAGUAGAGUGGAGAAAUUAAGUUAAGAAACAAAUGGAGAAGGAAGGCCAAGAAAAUACGAUAGAGAGAAAGGAGGAUAUUAAUCGAGACCAGCACAAAAAAGAGAGCGUAGAUCAAAUUUUGCCAAUUAAGGACAGCCCUUAUCUUCAAUACAAAGACCUAGAAGAUUACAAGAAAAAGGGUUAUGGAACUGAAGGCCAUCUCCAACCAAAGCCUGGCCGCGGCGCCGGCGCCACCGAUGCACCCACCCUUUCUGGCGGUUCUGUUCCCCGGGAGGCUGAUGUUUCUACUAUUGAUGCUAUAACUAGUAAACCAACUCCCUAAAUUAUCUGUAUUUUUUGGAGUGAGGACGAUUUUAUAUAUAGUUUACACAAUUACCUGAAAUACGAGUAAAAGUCUUAUGCCUAAAGCUAAAGGCAGUUUGGAUGCAGUUAUAUAUUAUCUUCGUUAUAUAUUUAUAUCAUAAAUUGUUACUUUCA